ACGUGACGGUCGAAUUAAACAAGGAAGAUAAAUAAACGGAAUCACAUUCACCCCUGUAAAAUUACCACAAGUUGAUUCGUAAUAUUAAGUUGUUUCGGAUAAAACCAUUAUAAUUAAACGCAAAUGCAUAAAGUCAUGCUUUACGGUUAAUGAAAACUAUCUUAAGCCGGCCCGGAUUUGACAUCAGCGAAAACUUAGUUUCUUGAGGAUAGCGUGAGGAUAAUGUAGGAGAACUUGUAGAGACUCUAUUUUAGGAUGCCAGAAACAAAAAUGAAAUCCUGGGAUCACAUUUAAUUUCUAUGACCUUUUUUGAAGUUGAAGCUUGGUACCUGAAUAUUUUGAAUCUAUCGAUAUUCAUAUGUUGACAAAAAAGACUGCUGGGAUAAAAAUGUGCAACGGAGUUAUAGCUUGCAGCAUAGCAUUAAUUCUAAUCAAGGCGAUAACUAUUACUAAAUGCCACGCUGUGGCUCAUAUGCAUGGAAAAGGCGAGUCCGAUGAAAUUGGUCCACAGUUUCUGGCGAAGUUAAGUAACACAACGGUUCCCUUAGGACGUGACAUAUCAUUCACUUGUGUUGUUGACAACUUGGGUCAUUAUCGGGUUGCAUGGAUAAAAUCUGAUUCAAAGGCCAUACUUGGUAUACACACUCACAUGGUCUCACUAAAUCCAAGAUUAUCUGUAACACAUAACGGCCACAAUACUUGGAAACUCCAUAUAUCUCGUGUACAGAUAAACGACUCUGGAAGUUAUAUGUGCCAAGUAAAUACAGAUCCUAUGAAGAGCCUUUCGGGAUAUUUAGAUGUUGUUGUACCUCCAGAUAUUUUAAGCCACCCAGAACAUAAUCCAGAGGAAGGCGUCUGUCAAGAGGGUGGAAGUAUUUCACUUUUGUGCAGUGUGACAGGCGUUCCAAGACCAAAAGUACUGUGGCGGCGUGAGGCGGGAAAGGAAAUAAUACUACGCACCGACGGUAGAGAUAAAACAGGUCUUAAGUCGGUGGAAGGAGAAAGGCUGGUCUUAACAAAUGUGCACCGUUCCGAUAUGGGAGAAUACAAUUGCAUCGCAUCUAAUGGAAUACCUCCUUCAGUUAGCAAGCGUUUUAACGUUUACGUUAAUUUUUCGCCAACAGUUAAAGCCAUAAGUCAAUUGGUUGGAGCACCAUUAGAAAAGGAAGUAACUUUGGAAUGCAUUGUAGAAGUUUUCCCCAAGCCUCUUAAUGGUUGGUACCGCAGUGAAGGAAAUAUUAAAUUGCACAACGGAAACAAAUAUAAUAUUUCUGAAGAAAUGAUUAACAUAUACACAUGGCACCUCAACCUUACCAUAAGACAUCUGACUAAAUCAGAUUUUGGAACUUAUAGUUGUUCCAGCGUUAAUGCACUCGGUAAAAGUGAAUCACUUAUUCGAUUGCAAGAGCUACGGCUGCCCCCAAAGUUGACUACGACACCAACACCUUACAUGCAAACAACAGGAAAAUCGCGGCGGAAGCACCCAGCAAGUCACAAGAAGGGCCUAAACGAAGUGUUACGAUUUCAGGAAACGCAUUUCGCAAAUCAAAUUCAACAGGAGAACGAAGAACAUAACGAAGGGCUUGAUUUGUUAAAGUUCACUAACAGUGAAAAUUCUAAUAUCGCUUUAGAAAGUGGACACAUCAACAGCAUGAUAAACAGAGGGGACGUAAACAUUCAUCAUCCAAAACAAUACGGCCAAGAAAAGACUAACAAGCCAUCGGGGACCAUACCAUCAACACGUACACCCUGGAUACUCACAAAUGCAGGAUCUCAACGGCUUGCGCAGACUUCGUAUGCAACAGUUGCGUUGAUUACAUCUUUUUGGUUGUUUUUCUGGUGUGUGUUUCACUCUAUAGACUGGGAUGCAAUAAGAGUUUCUUAUGUUGUUCACCAUGCUGUUGUUUUUAAAAGAAGAUCAUUUUUUGAAGCGCCCAAUUCUGCACUCCGCUUCACUGUACUGCAAACACUUCAGGAACUAACGACUUUAGUAAUCGAACAAUAAAUUUUAUAUUAUGAAAAAUAAUGCAUUAUUAAAAAUGUAUUUAUCAGGGAGCAUACUUUUAAAU